AUGUUUUUUUUCUUUUUGAUUGGCAUAACGAAUGAGCCGAGUUAUCUUAACAAAGCUCUCUUUCUCCCUCUCCCCCCUCUCCCUUCUAUCCCUCUCUCUCUUCUCUCUAUCAUUCUCUCUCUUCUAUCUCCCUCUCUCUUUUCUCUAUCCCUUUCUCUCUCUUUUCUAUCUCUCUCUCUCUUUUCUCUAUCCCUUUCUCUCUCUUUUCUAUCUCUCUCUCUCUUUUCUCUAUCCCUUUCUCUCUUUUCUAUCUCUCUCUCUUUUCUCUAUCCGUUUCUCUCUCUUUUCUAUCCCUUUCUCUCUUCUCUCUAUCAUUCUCUCUCUUCUAUCUCCCUCUCUCUUUUCUCUAUCCCUUUCUCUCUCUUUUCUAUCUCUCUCUCUCUUUUCUCUAUCCCUUUCUCUCUCUCUUCUAUCUCUCUCUCUCUUUUCUCUAUCCCUUUCUCUCUCUUCUAUCUCUCUCUCUUUUCUAUUCUGCUCUCUCUUCUAUCUCUCUCUCUUUUCUCUAUCCCUUUCUCUCUCUCUUCUAUCUCUCUCUCUUUUCUAUUCUGCUCUAUCUUCUAUCUCUCUCUCUCUUUUCUCUAUCCCUUUCUCUCUCUUUUCUAUCUCUCUCUCUUUUCUCUAUCCUUUCUCUCUCUUCUAUCUCUCUCUCUUUUCUAUUCUGCUCUCUCUUCUAUCUCUCUCUCUUUUCUCUAUCCCUUUCUCUCUCUUUUAUAUAUCUCUCUUUUCUCUAUCCCGACUCUCUCUUCUAUCUCUCUCUCCUCUCUAUUCCUCUCUUUCAUCUCUAUAUCCCCUGUCUCUCUUCUAUCGCUCUCCCUCUUCUCUAUAUCCCCCUCUCUCCCUUUUCUAUCUCUCGCCCUCUCUUUUCUAUAUCCCCUUUCUUCUAUUUCUCUCUCUUCUCUGUAUUCCUCUAUGGCUCUUCUAUCUCUCUCUUUCUUCUCCCUGUGCCCCUCUCUAUUCUCCCUAUCCCUCUCUUCUCUCUCUCUCUAUCUCUUCUCUCUAUCCUCUCUCUCUAUUCUAUCUCUCUCUUUGAACGUGAUUCGUGGGAUUAUGACAUGGAAGAGAUUUCCUUCUCCGAGUUUAACGGGAUUAUCCAUUAUGACGACACUUGGAUAUAACUGGCUGCCAAUACAAGACGAUCUCUUCAAAUCCGGAAUUUUACCUAAAGUGGUGCCAUCAUUGCUAUUUGAAUUGCCUAAGAAAACAAGUGACUUUUUGUAA